CUCGACUCUUAACUCGUAAGAGACUAGAUCAGUAAAAAUGAGCGGAAGAGGCAAGGGUGGCAAAGGACUCGGUAAAGGAGGCGCCAAGCGUCACCGCAAAGUUCUCCGUGAUAACAUCCAGGGAAUCACCAAACCCGCCAUCCGCCGUCUGGCUCGCCGCGGUGGAGUCAAGCGUAUCUCCGGUCUGAUCUACGAGGAGACUCGCGGUGUGCUGAAGGUGUUCCUGGAGAACGUGAUCCGUGAUGCCGUCACCUAUACCGAGCACGCCAAGAGAAAGACCGUGACCGCCAUGGAUGUGGUGUACGCACUGAAGAGGCAGGGCCGCACCCUGUACGGCUUCGGAGGUUAAACCUGAUCCUUAUCCACUGAUACCGAAACACAAAGGCUCUUUUAAGAGCCGCCCACCUCCUCUAAGAGAUGUCCUAUGACUGAACAAUAGACAUAUGUGAUUAUGUAUGAACACACAACCUUUAUGUAAUGUUUCCUUCAAUUUGUAUUCAUGCUCCAACUCCUGUAAGGGCUCAUUUAUUAAAACUUUGUGCAUAUAACUACAAACUAUAGACUUAAUUGUUUUAGGUGACCAGGUUGUGAAAACACUUUCCUCUCUAAAUAAAUGUGCUACAUGUGUAUUUAUGGACUUUCCAUUGAUCUUUACUUUUCUGUUGCAAGCAAAAAAUUGUAAUCACUGGUUAAAAAAAAUCUACUUGUAAUUGUAUUUCACAAUUCAUGUAAAUGCACAAUAUUCACAUGAUGAACACAAUAGUAGCAUAAAAAUAAAAGUGUUAAAGUACAA